GCGAAGUUGUUAGGAAAUGCAACAGGGAUAUUAUAGUAAUUUCAAUUAAAAGAUACGAAACUUCCAAGAAAUCGAGCCCGACGAAUCUCCUACCGCUCGGUGUCCGUCAAGUCUAUCCGUUACGUCAAGUCUAUUUAAGAAUCAUAUCUACCAUUCUACCUACUUGUAUUGGUUUGCAUUUUCUGGUUCCAUUCUUGCUUGAUCGUCAACGAAUUCUGCUGUUCGACUCCGAUGGACGCGUUCGCUUCUUUUUUCGAUCCUCAAUCGUCUUCCAGAAGCCGCUGGAAUUACGACACUCUCAAGAACUUCCACCAGAUUUCUCCUUUCGUCCAGAAUCACAUUAAACAGGUUUAUCUUGCCUUAUUCUGCGCUGUGGUUGCUGCGGCCGUCGGAUCUUACCUGCAUGUUCUCUGGAACAUCGGCGGUUUGCUGACAACAGUCGCGUCCCUGGGGAGCAUUUUCUUGUUACUGUCCAUUCCUCCUAAUGAAGAGAAAAAGAGGGUUGCUUUGUUGAUGGCUUCCUCAUUACUUCAGGGGGCCUCCAUUGGUCCUUUGAUCGAUUUGGCUAUUGAUGUUGAUCCAAGCCUCAUCGUCACGGCCUUUGUGGGAACUUCGUUGGCCUUUGCUUCUUUCUCAGCGGCAGCUUUGGUGGCAAGGCGCAGAGAGUACCUCUAUCUUGGUGGUUUGCUUUCUUCUGGAUUGUCCAUUCUUAUGUGGUUGCACUUCGCUUCCUCCAUCUUUGGGGGUGCAGCUGCGCUCUUUAAGUUUGAGCUGUACUUUGGGCUUCUGGUGUUUGUGGGCUACAUUAUAUUUGACACCCAAGAAAUAAUUGAGAGAGCUCACUUUGGGGAUCUGGACUAUGUGAAGCAUGCCUUGACCCUCUUUACUGAUUUUGUUGCAAUCUUUGUCCGUAUUCUCAUAAUUGUCCUGAAGAAUUCAGCGGAGAAGAAUGAGAAGAAGAAAAAGAGGAGGGAUUGAACGCCGACGCUUGUGGCUUUGUUGGAAGUAAACCCCCCUUAUUGUAUUUCUUUUGGAGACACAGACUCAGUUUCAGCUGUCAAAAAAUUCUAGCAGCAUCUGCAACUUGUAAAUUAUGUGAUUAGGUUUGCAGCUGCGGUGUACUUGUGGAACUUGCCAUAAUUUCAUCAAAUCGUUUUGGUUUUCAGCCUUUAUAAUGACACUAAAGCCUUUAUACAUCA